AUGCACUUUACACUUUGGCAUAUUGUGGCCUUUUGCUCCCUCUGGUCUCAGGCUUUAUCCAUCCACAUACAUAAGAGAGUAGACUCUGUCUAUGAGGCAUGUGCCACUCUCCAUAUGAGGAAAGCUAAUCCACACUCGUACGACGCUGACUAUUCGACAUAUUGUGAUACAUCCAAUGCUCCAUUCUUUGGAUCAAUCGCUUUGUGCAUCAACGAUUAUGGUGAUAGAUACAUCCACAGUUUCUUACAAAAGUGUGCAAUGGUAGGAAGCGACAUCUCCACUUUCGAAUUCAAAAGAUCGUACACCAAUGCUACAAAUUUUGCAGUUAGCUCUCUGUUACUGAAUGCUGGAGUUCUUUCUCUGACACUUCCACUCCUGUUCCCUUCUGCUGAAAUCUCCGCUGUAGCUGAAGGUAUCUAUAAGGAUGGACUUAGUGCCAACUACCUGGUGUACUUUUCAACAGCAUUGACACUGUACUGGUUCGUGGUUUGUAUUAUUGCAGGCAUCUGUAACUGGAGUCGUUUCAUUUUCCCCAAGACUGCUACCAUGCUCUUUUUCUCCAAACCAGUUAGUCUCAUUAGAAGAUACUUGGUUGUCCCUCCAUUAUUAAGAAGCCACCACUUCGAUACCAUGAAAUGCGGAAGCUUUGAAUGGUUGGUGCCCUUAAGGUUUGAGGCCAUACUUCUAUUUGGCUACUUUGUUCUUGCUGCCGUUUUCUGCGGUGCAAACAUCUCUCAUGGCUUGGUUUUUGUUUCGCAAAACAUUGGUGAUAGAAGCGGAGUAUUGGUGACCUACACUCUUCCAGUUUUGAUUCUUUUUGGAGGUAGAAAUAACUUCUUACAGUUCAUAACUGGCUGGCAGUUCUCAAGGUUUCUUAUUUUCCACAGAUGGGUUGCCAGAGUCUCAUUUUUGCUCUUGAUGGUUCAUGUCGGGGCAAAAACUGUCACUAUCAAGAAAUAUGGUGAAUUCCCACUGUACUUAUACUCUGGAUACAUGGUCGCUGGUAUUAUUGCUGUUGUUGCUUCCGGGUAUCUCAUGUUAUUUUCUCUUAUCUGGUUCCGUCGUAACAGGUAUGAAUUGUUCCUCUUGAUUCAUUACAUUUUUGCAAUCCUCUUUAUUGGAGGAGGCUGGAAGCAUGUCGAACACCAUGAGCUUCAAGGUUUCUUCAUAGCAGCAGUUGGUGUAUGGGGUUACAAUGCAUUGGUGAGAAUCAUUAGAGUUGCUCUGUUCGGCAUCAGAGAUGCUACCAUUGAACUCAAGGCUGAGGAAACUAUUAGAGUUACCAUCCAUAGACCAUCAUGGUGGGUUCCACAUGCUGGAAGCCAUGGUUUUGUCCAUUUCUUCACACCAACUGCUUUUUGGCAAUCUCAUCCAUUCUGUAUGGUUGACAGCCCCAUUGAAGAGAACACCGUGUGUUUGUAUGCUAAAAUUAAGGGAGGCAUGACCCAUGGAUUGUACAAGAAGCUCUUGGAUCAACCAAACCGCCAAAUGACCAUAAAAGUCAGCUUGGAGGGUCCAUAUUUCGAGAGAAUGCCUUUGCAUACUAUGGACAGACUCACUUUCCUCUCUUCAGGGAAUGGAAUCACAGGCAUGUAUGCUGGAGCCAGAGAAAUGUCAAAAUCGAGCAAGCAUGUGAAGUUGAUCUGGACCAUUCGUGACUAUUGCUCGAUUUCGUGGUUUUUUAACGAGUUAAAGGCACUUGAAGCUCUGAGUGUGGAGGUGAAUAUAUACGUGACUCGCGGUGCUAGCACAAACUUGAGUUGUGUUGUUGAGAAGGAAAUCAAUCUGCUGGACUCGUCGUUCCGUACAACACCUUCCAUUAUUUCUCUGGUUUCUAGCUUGAAGGAACUGCUCUCUUUCAUUCAGUUCUUUGAGGGAAGGCCAGAUAUGUACGAGUUGAUUGAGCAAGAGAUGGAAAUUGCUGGGACUCAAUCACUUGGUGUAGCCACAUGUGGACCUCCAGGUAUGGUUGACAGUGCCAGGGUUGGAGUCCAGCAGUACUUGAAUUCACAUCCCAACGCAAGGAUCGAGUUAUUCGAGCAGUACCAGCUGUGGUAA